GACAGCUCAUCCCUCCGACCUUGCUUGGUCUUGCUCUCCAUUCCUCCAAUCCUUUGUGACUAAAGAGCAGCUUCCGACAACCUUUUUGUUUUCUUUCUCUCGAACAAGCUCCGCCCAUUUAUAUCGCGAGACACGUCUCCUCAUUUGCAUAGAAAAAAAAAAAAAGGACAGCAAGCCAUUUUGUUUUCGGUCUUUUCCUACAAUACUUAUUCACGCUCUUACCGCUAUUCCGUCGAGCCAGUGACAAAACCGACACAGAAACACAAAGUUAUUUCUGACCUCUGUUUAUUUGCCAUCGCGUGAGCUGCGUACAUCUUGGUGUUCAUUACUGUCGACACGAUGACGCUCUAUUACACUCUUGUGUUUGUGCUGCUCAUGGCAGAGAUGGGCCUCUUUAUGCUGCUCAUUGUUCCUCUGCCCUUCACCAUUCGCCGGAGAAUGUUUACCUUCAUCUCGGAAAACCCGCUCGUCGCCAAGGUCCAGUAUGCUAUGAAGAUCACCUUCAUAUUCAUCUUGAUCCUUUUUAUCGACAGUGUCAACCGCGUCUACCGCGUUCAGCUCGAGCUGGUCGCCGCUUCCGACAACAAUAAGAAUGCACCUACCAUCAUGGGCCACGAGCGUCUUGAGGUCCAGGCCCGCAAGUUUUACAGCCAAAGGAACAUGUACCUCUGCGGCUUCACGCUCUUCCUCUCCCUCAUCCUUAACCGCACGUACACGAUGAUUCUGGACGUGCUUCGCCUCGAGGAGAAGGUCAAGCAGUACGAGGGCACGGACAAGUCUCACUCGGCCGGUAAGCAAUCGGCCAAGCUUGCCGAGGCUGGAGACGCUGGGGAGAUCGCUCGUCUCAGGAAGGAGCUCGAGCGCAAGGAGAAGAACAUUCAGGCUCUCAAGUCCCAGAGCGAGGGCCUGCACCGGGAGUACGACUCCCUCGGAGAGAAGUUUACCGUCCAGGAUGGGAGCAACAAGAAGGAGAGGUAGAUGGUAAAAGUAUGACGGGUGGGGCCCAAGUUAGGUGAUAUCGGCUCGAGUAUGGUUAUUUGAUGGUGCAUGGCUUGCGGAAGACGUUAUUUCCGGCUACUAGGGGUACUAUCCGCUGCGGAAACAACUUCAUCUACGGAAGGCCAGGACUUCUCGGGCUUUAAUAGCCCUACAUCGUUCUCGGCAGAAACGCAUCGCUAAUGGCGGACAUCCAUCACCCGGGCACCCUCGGUUAUAAGGUUAGCUGUCAACGGUUACAGACAGAGAUGUUGGCAGCUUUGUGGCAGAGGAGUGACAAAAGGCAUUGAAAUCGGCUUUGCCGUUGGUAACGGCGGCGUUGAUUUGGAGUUUUGUAUUAUCUAUAUUUGUUAUUUGGGAAUGCAACAACAGCCAAGGCGUAUAGCGCGCGUACUCAUCGCGUCAAGUCACUCAGUUGGACUGCGAUCAAGUUAGCUCUCAAUUAGUUUGUGUUUUGCCGA